UGCACAGAUCGCGACUGCGGUGGCUUACGUGUAGGCGAAGGCUUUGAAGCCCUGCUUGCGAAGGCCCUGCACGGUCUCUUCGUUGCUCUUGGCGUUGAUGUCCCAGCUGACGAUCGUGGCGCCGAGGUCGGCAAACUGCUGGGCCAGUUCGCGCCCAAUGCCAUGGCCGGCGCCGAUGAACCUCGUCUGAAGGUCUAUGACAUUAUGGGAGACGGUUAUAUGAUCAAGGAAACUAUGUACAACCUGAUGCACAAGGCGCUGGUGAAGAGUCCGGGAGACGAGGAUGUGGAGGAGGGGGUGCGGAAACACCUAUAGACAGGAAUUUUAAUGAGGACCUGCCACCCGUACGUUGUCCCUCCUGCCCGCUUGGAAGUCGCACAGCUAGCUGCACGUCCGGCGCUGAAACGGCAUCC